UUUACGUCAUCAUCAUUAUUUUUUCUCUGGCCAUUUUUUUGUUGUAUUUCAAAUCAAUCAAAACAAUUUUUCCUGUUGCUGAUGUUGUCAUUGGCUGAUUAUUGAAAAUUAUAACGACAAACAUUUUUUUCAACUAGCUGCGUGUGCUGUACGUGUUUUUUUUUGUGUUUAUCGAUGUGGAAAGGCGCCAAAUCCAAACUGGUCAUUCUCUAUGUAUUUAAAACAUCCUACUGAUGAUUCACGCCGACUCAAUUGAUCUGAAGACAAUUCACAAUAUUGUGGUUCUUAGCAAUUGGCAUUCAAUACGCAUAUAGUAAAUUAAGAAUCGUCUUUUCUAUAACAAACAAGGAUUCAUUUGAAGCUAUUACAUUAAACAUUACAAUCAUCGUUGACCACCGUUUAAUUCAAACAAAAAGCACGUGUUUAUUGAAUUUCAUCGAAAUAUAAAAAAAAUUACAAAUCAUUACCCAAUAACCACUAUUUUAAUGGUUGAAUAAAAUUGAAUGAUUCGCAUAGUGCUAACAGCAGCAAGUAAUUCAUUCAUUACACUUUAUAUUGCUUGUUUUCUAUAAUUGAACUCUUGCAUGAAUCAUCAUCAUCACAACUGCAAGAAAGCCAGUUCUUGAUAUAUACGUGAGGCGUCCAAUUUCUCUAAACAAAUUUCAGCAAUUGCAUUUAUAUAUCAUCAUCAUCAUUAAAUAUUAAAUAUAUUGUCAAUCACAUUCAACUAUUAUAUCUGAAUCAUGGAAUCAUCUUCAAUACCAGAUCUAGAUACAUUAAUUGUAAAUGAUAAUAAUAACAAUGGUAUUGAUUCCAGUAAUAAUAAUAUUAUGACCACAAUAUAUGAUGAUGAAGCCAUCAUUAUCACUGGUAAUGAUAUCAUAAAUGGUAGCAGUGACAGUAAUAUUAUCAAUGGUCUGACAAUCGGUAUCAAUCCAGAAACACAUUUCGGUUCAUUAAAAGUAUCGGAAAAUUCAUCGACACCAUAUACAGAUGCUACACGUUGUAAACGUACGGGAAAUCAUAAUCAUAUCAAAAGGCCAAUGAAUGCAUUCAUGGUAUGGUCGCAAAUUGAACGGCGAAAAAUUUGUGUACAACAACCUGAAAUACAUAAUGCUGAAAUAUCUAAACGUUUGGGUAAACGAUGGAAAAUGUUAACGGAAGAAGAACGUCGACCAUUCAUUGCUGAAGCUGAACGUUUACGGCUAUUACAUUUGAAACAAUAUCCGGAUUAUAAAUAUCGACCAAAGAAAAAGCUCAAACAAUCAUCAACAUUAAAUCCAUCGUCAUCAUCGUCAUCAUCAUCGAAUAAUGGCGAUAUGGAUAGCCUUUCUGAUUCCGGCCAUUCGGAUACAAGUCGACGAACAAACGGUAGCCACACAAUGAUGAUUGGUCCAACAACAAUACAACAGCAUCCAACGGCUAUAGCAAUCGAAACGACUUUAUCUAAUGGAAUGAUUAUUGCCAAUCAUAAUUCGAUGGUGAUCAAUAGUAUUGGUGAUGUUGGUGGACCACGUAAGGCUAAAAUUCGUACGAUUACACAUAAUGGAAAUACUAAUAGUGGUAAAAGUCUAUCUUCCAGUAUAUUGACAUUAACAACCGCGAAUGGCAAACAACCAACAAUUGUCAAUAAAUUUAUUGCCAUCGAUUCGAUACCUUUGUCCACAUCGAAAACUAUAUCCGGUUCAAUAUCACCUGUAUCCUCAAAUGAUAGUAGCUAUUGUGGUAAUAAUGGUAAUAGUGUGGAAGAUUUACUUUUGAAUUCGGAAGCACCGUUUAUUACGAUUGCUGAUCAGUCGCAUAAACACCUUGGAUUUACAAAAUAUUUACGUAACUCAUCAAAAUCUUCAUCGAUUUUUCAAUCAAAUGACUCAGGCCUCCUAACACCUACAUCGACAGCUACAUCAGGUUUUGCAUCGGAUGGUGAACCGGAAAUGAUCUUUACAUCGACGACGACAACCGAUAGCUUGCCACAACAACAAUUCAUGCUUGAUUCAUUUAUUGAAAACGAUUUGAUUGGCUUGAAUCGAGCUAAAAAUGGUAUCAAUAUUGAUUGUAUUAACCAUCAUCGUCAAUCCAAUAUGAAUGCAUUGCUAUCAUCAUCAUCAGUAAUGGCAUCACCACCAUCUUCGACAACUUCCAUCAACGAUCUCGAUGAUUUUUGUGAUGUUUUCAAUUUAAACAAUAACAAUAACAAUGGUGAUCCAUGGUCUUGUUAUACGUCAGCAACAACAUCAACAACAAAUGGCAGUAAUCAUCAAAUGUCAAAUAAUGGUGGUCUUAUAUUCGGUCAUUUGGAAUCCUCAUACGAUUCAUUGCAAACCUCGGCAACACAAUCGACCAACAUAACCGCAUCAACAACUACCUCAGGUAGCAGUAGUUCAUCGGGUUCUCAUUUUGAAUUUCCCGAUUAUGAUGGACUUGAAGUGAAAAACAUUUUCAUCGAUGAUGAUUGCUGGAACGAUAAAACAUUGCUGUCAAAUUUUCAUUAACUUAUGACGAUGGCACUUAUCUUAGUCUUGAUAAUUUUGGAAUCCCUCCCUUUACUGAAAAAAAUUCAUCGAAAUUUUCUAAAAAUUAAUCUUCGCAUCCGGUCACUCACUCCAUUCAUCCAUCCAUUUUACGGCCUGGCGAUAUUAAUCGUCAUUUUCAUCAAUCAUACUCUCUUCUCAUUAACAAUCUCUCCGACAAACAUUUUAAGCGCACAUGACAAACCCGUUACCUCGAUCUGUAAUAUUCUCCUUCGCUAAUUUACACACCUUCAUUCAACUACCAACCGACUGAUCACCUAAAAAAAUUAGCAAAAAAAAAAAACAAAAAUUCCAAGUGAAAAAUCCAUCCAUCAAAUUUAUUCAUACAAAUAA